AUGCGCAUGGGGAUCUUCAUGGGCAUCGAGCACGAGGCCAUCCACCUGGAGACCUCCUCGGUGCUCUUCCGCGAGACCCCGGCGCAGCUGAUGCAGGUGCCCCGCGCCUGGCCGCAGCCCGGAGCCCAGCUUGAGGCCCUUGUUUGGAGGUACCCCCAAGGCUCGGGUUCCUUUGGAUGCGCUUUUUUGGGGUGGGUGCAAGGAAACGCCGACAGGAAAGCGACUCAGUUUUCGGGGGACCCCCGAAACGAGGACGCAGCCGCUUGUUUUGGCUGGGUUUUUUGUUGCUCCGGACCGGCGAAAGGGGGGGCGCUUUGGGUCCGGGCAGUUGGCAUGUGCAUUUUCUGCGAGAGGGCGAAAUGGAGGGUGACAUGGCAAUGGGUUUGGCACGGCAAUAAACAUGGAAAUGGCAAACCAUCAUUUUGGGAUAGGUUGAUGUGCUUGAAGCGGCUUGAUUGUAUUGGCCAAGGUUCUCCCUUGCAAUUGAACAGGGGCAACCUGCAAUCAUGCUCUCCCGCAUGCUGGCAGCCCGCAGUGGGCCAAAUCAGAGCACCCAUGUUGACACAUGAGGUUUGGUUCAAAUAUCCAGUAGUCUAUGGAUCAGGUUGGGAUGGAGCUCACAAAAGCGUCCAACCAAAACCAGAUUAA